AUGGCUUCUAUUCCCGUCCCAAAGGAAGCUACCAAUGGUUUCGCCAAUGGUGAUGCCGUUCCUCACUACGAUGCCAUAGUGGUUGGAGCUGGAUUCUCUGGUAUCACAAGCCUCCAUCGACUGAGGAAGGACGGAUAUAAAGUGCAUGUUUUCGAAUCUGGCAAGAAGAACAUUGCUAACGCCCAUCCCACUGCAGCAUCCGACUUCGGUGGCGUCUGGUACUGGAACCGCUACCCCGGCGCUCGCGUCGACAGCGAGACACCCUUCUACCAACUCAACAUUCCCGAAGUGUACAACACAUGGAACUUCACGUCUCGGUUCUCGGACCACCGAGAGAUGAGAGAGUACAUGGCGCACUGCGACCGCGUGCUCAACCUCCGCAAAGACGUAUCCUUCAAUUCGUUUGUCAACUCCGCCGAGUGGGACAUACAGAAGUCUGAAUGGCACGUCAAGACGAAGAACGGGAAGCAAGCUCGAGCGAGGUGGCUCAUUUUGGGUACGGGUCUGCUACACCGGACGCACACGCCUAACUUUCCCGGGAUUGAGAACUAUAAGGGUAUUGUGCAUCAUUCCGGAGCAUGGCCAGAGGAGACUUCCGUAAAGGGGAAGAAGGUUGCGGUUAUCGGUGCGGGCGCCACGGCGGUACAGAUUGUGCAGGAGUUAGGGAAGGAGGCGUCGCAGCUGACGCAUCUCAUUCGGAGGCCGAGCUACUGCUUGCCGAUGGGCCAGCGUGCAUUCACGGUAGAGGAACAGCGCGGCUGGAGAGGAUAUUAUCCUGCACUGUUUGAGGCUGCGGCCAAAUCGCCAGUGGGGUUUCCAACUCUUCGGUGCGACAAGAAGAUCUUGGAGACGCCAGAAGAUGAGCGAGAAGAGUACCUGACUGAGCUGUGGAAGACGGGUGGAUUCCAUUUCCAGCUCAGGAAUUACAGCGAUGUAAUAUUGGAUAAGGAUGCGAACAAGAUUGUCUAUGAUUUCUGGAAGCGGAACACGAGGGAGAGGUUGACGGAUCCGAAGAAGCAGCAGAUUAUGGCGCCGGAUGAAGCACCGUAUUAUUUUGGUACAAAGCGGAUACCUCUGGAGCAGGAUUACUACGAGGUCUUGAACCAGGACAAUGUCGACAUUGUGGAUCUGAAUAACAACCCCAUUGUGUCGUUCACUGAGAAGGGAAUUAAGCUGGGAGGCGAAGACCAGGAGCGAGAGUUCGAUUAUGUCGUGUUAGCGACGGGAUUCGACUCAUACACAGGUUCCCUAACGCAGAUGGGCCUGAAGAGUAAGGAUGGUGUCGACAUCAAAGAUGUCUGGAAGGAUGGCGUGAAGACUUAUCUGGGAAUGAUGAUGCGAGGUUUCCCUAAUGCAUUCAUGUGCUAUUCACCUCAAGCUCCAACACCACUUGCCAACGGGCCAACUAUCCUUGAGAUGCAAGCGAACUUCAUCUGCGACACCAUAUCUGCGCUUCGUGCUCAGGGUGUGAAAGCUAUUGAACCAACGCGCCAAGCAGAAGAAGAAUGGAAGGCUGGCAUGAACGCAAUGAGCAAAGGCACUCUCUACCCGUAUACUAGCUCUUGGUGGAAUGCUGGUAAUGUUCCAGGAAAGACGUCAGAAUUCUUGAUUUAUAUCGGUGGCAUCGACAUGUAUGAGAAGCAAUGUCGUGAAACUAUGACAGGUUGGAAGGGGUUUGAAAUUGCUGCACAAGCAUAG